AUGGGACUUCGAAGUCGACAUCGGCGUCUUGCAGACCACUUUCAAGCAUUGAUUGAAAAGGUAGAUGCCUUUAACCUCAUGUGGAAGAGAACUGUAGGUCAUGCUGGACUCGUGCUAGUUGGCCACAAAACUUUCCUGUUGUUUCAGCUAUUGACAGACAGUGCCUCUACGGCACCAAGGACGUUGGAGAUGGAGAGUGAACCAGAUAUGGCGUCCGAAAGGUUUCGCAAUACAAACGUAAGCGAAGAGGGACCGGAAUCGGUCGUAAUAGAUGGACACAGAGUAGACACGGCCAUCGAGAUGGAUGAUUGUGAUGACAGAGUGUCGGAAGACGAUCAGCAUGUGGUGACAGGUAGAUGCAUUACUGUGAGCCCAAUGAGAGAGGACAUUCUUGAUCGAUUGCCUCCUUCUACUACUGUCGCGGAACCAUCGCAGCAUGGUGGUCCACUGUCAAUUGCACAGGUAUCACCAUCGCCGUCGCCGUAUCACCGUAGUCCGAGUCCGAGAUACGCACAUGGUCGUCGAUUUGAAGAUCAUGAUGUAGUCGUCUCGCCGUCUCGUAUCCAAUCGUAUGCUGCAGGAGUCACAACAGAGCAGGCGGAUCGGUACAGAAUGAGCAGGUCAAGUGGCAAGCGACUGCGGUCACCGGCAAAGCGAACAACGUUGUGGGGGGAUUCUCAUGACAGUCACAUCCAAGGAGGUGCCAGCGCCAACACGGACAUACCCAGUGUUUCCCACAAGCGUCAACUUCGUUCUGCUGCCGAACGAAUGUUUGGCGGUUCGUCGGUGUUUCGGACGCUCAAUAUGGACACGUGCAGCUGGCCUCGGUCCGAGACGGCGCGCGGCCAGCGUCAGCCUACUUUAACCAGUUCUGACGCAACGAACGUUGCAAACCAGGCUGUACGCGAGUAUCUUACAGAACGUGAAGAAGAAGUGAACCAGGCGAAAUUGCCACUACAACAGGCCCAGUCUCGAGAUCGCAGCCUAGACAACGACAAUAUUGGUUUGGUUCCUGCCGGUAUUGAGGCGUUUGGUGCGCCUACCGCUGGACCAAAAAACUUCAGGAAAACCAAGAAGGUAUCAUUUGGUGAAAACGCGCUUGCUGUCUCUUCAAACAAGGCUGCACUCUAUUCACAGCCUCGAACUCUUCCCGUGCUUGCCGAUAAAACUACGCAGACAGAGGCUUUCCUAUUGCCAACCCGAUCACCGAAUAGGUCAGAUAGAAUUGGCGCCUCUGACCGCCGCGAAGCUCAGAAAAAAGACCAUGGAUCACCUUUGUGCUAUACUGCCUGCGAUACUACCAGGGGCGAUCUCGAGCGUCCUUGGAAAAUUUCAAGAAAAUCUGCUAGUUCUGUCGGCACAGGCUUUCCAGAGCAGCGCAAUUAUCGUCGGACAAGUAGUCAUCUGACAAAUCCAAUCAUGCUAAACCCUCGUUACCCACCAGAGACGACGUUCCCAGCAAAGCCAACGUACUCCGCAGCAUUUAAUGACAGAGUUCCAUGGCGAUAG